CGCUCUAGCCGGCUCUAGCUCGCUGCUCAGCCGCGGGCGCAGAGGUGCCGCUCUAGCCCACGGAGUUGGCCCGCUCCUCUCGCCGGCCCCAGGAAAGGGUUCCCAGUCCUUUAGUACCCGACGCUAGCUGGUAAGCCAUUCCGGGCGUUUUGGCUCCCUGGUCGCAGAGGCAGGAGGCACCUGACCGCCUGUGCGUCAUGGACCUCGCCAGCACUUGCUCCAGCUUCCAGUCGGACUUGGAUUUCUGUUCGGAGUGCGGUUCGGUCCUGCCUCUGCCGGGGGCUCAGGACACGGUUACCUGUCCUCGCUGUGGCUUCAACAUCAACGUGCGGGACUUUGAGGGGAAGGUUGUGAAGACUUCAGUUGUGUUCCACCAGCUGGGGACAGCCAUGCCUGUGUCGGUGGAGGAAGGGCCCGAGUUCCAGGGACCUGUGGUUGACAGGCGCUGCUCUCGAUGUGGUCAUGAAGGAAUGGCAUACCACACCAGACAGAUGCGUUCAGCAGAUGAAGGGCAAACUGUCUUCUACACCUGUACCAACUGCAAGUUCCAGGAGAAGGAAGACUCUUGACCUUUUUUCUGGGCAACUCAACACUCCCUCCUUCCUUUUGGAAAGUGAAGGAUGCUGGGUUCCUCGAUGCCUUGUCCAUUCCGUCUGGUUGCAAAGUUUUGCUCCCAGAAGAGAAUCAGAUCAUCAUGUGCAGGAUUAUCAUUGAUUCCCAGAGUACUCUUAGCUUUAGUUGAAUUUCCUUAUUAAAGUUAUGUUUUUCCAUAAGACCCUGA